AUGAAGCUCGACAGGUAUAAAAUGCGACACGACAGGCUUCGUGUCGAGGACUUUGCACACAUUCACUCAUCGCCUGAAUAUCAACCAUCGUCCAUUGCAAGUCAGCUCUGCAGUUCACUUCUUGGCUCCAUCUUGAAUCAUCGUCGACAUGAAGACCAUUCUCGCCCUGCUCGUCUCGGCGCUCCAAUUAGGCACUACCUCAUCCUCGCCCAUCACUCGACAUGGCCACACUCCCCGAGGGCGUCGACCCCGGCGCGAUCCGCGCCUGCGCAGAGCACCCACUGGCUCUGUCUUCCAGCCCCAUCCAGAAACGCAGGUGCUGGCGCGGCCAAAAAGGCGGCUGCUCUCACGGCUACUGCUACAGGCGCUGUGGAGAAGGCGGCGAGUGGUGCUGGACUGCCCGCAAUAGGGGCGUGGGAGCCUGGAUCAGUUGCAAGAGUGACGAUGAGUGCCGCGGAGAGGAGGCCUGCGCAGCGGGCACUUGUGCAUCGUGUAGGUGUGGCUGUUAGUUGGCUGAUUGUAGGCCGCGCACAGUCGCUUUGCAAGUCUGCGCGGCGCACGUGUAGACGGCCUUCAAUGAAUGUUCGCUACAUGUUCUGGGAAAACCGGCCCUCCCUCCUCCUGUGA